AAAUAUUUGGCGCGUAAACCUCAACACUUGUUCUGAUCAGCUGGAACAAUAACAACAAUAACACCGUCGGUUUGGCGCUCAGAUUAUAACUUUUAUGGAUGGACUUCAGUCAAGGUGAUCCAUAUAAUUUGUUUAUAGGAUAUGUAGACUGUCGGAUUGGUUCCUGGGUAUGCUGACCAAACGACAGGGUGAAGAACUGAGUUUGCUGGUAACGUUACUGCAGCAAGCUAGCUAGCAUUCUAAGGUGCCCUAAUUGUCAUUUGAAAGGAUGCGUAAUAAAUCCAGUUAUUCGUCCAAGGUAGCUGAACUAAAAGUUGACGUUAGUGCAAUAUUGCGUUAGGAAGAAUACAAGCUAUUUAGGUUGCUGAUUUGUUUGUAGCUAAUAUGUUGCUGGUACAUUUUGUCUGAAACUGAAUUGGCUUGCGUCUUCUGUCCCAUCCUAACCCUGAAGCGAACACAACCACUUUUCUUGGCUAACAAUACCAGCUAGGUAGCUAACUAGAGUAGCUAAGUUUUUCUAGGUCGUUGCAGUAUUCAAGGAACUCUGCUUGCUAGCAACACAGUAAGCAAGUGAUGAGUUGUGUUUACAAACUGUACCAAACGAGCGUUAUUUUGAUGUCAACUAACGUUAGGUAGCGAUUUAGCAAUUGACAAAGGGAAAGUAGUUGAUAGAUGUGGCCAGGCCUCACCGGACUCUCAUUGUAAAUAUGAAAACAAUAGAUUGCAUAGAAAAGCUAGCAGCGAGUUAGCACGCUAGCUAACAUUGAUGCAUGUUUAUUUCACUUUUGUAAACUAUAGAUUAAUUAUUCAAUAUAACAAUUUAUCUUGUAUAGUUACGGACUGUAACUACAAUCUGCUAGACUGCAGCUGUCAGAAAGCGCAACAACUGUCUCUAAAGUUAUAUUAUAGCUGGCUAAAUGUGAGGAAGCAUUACCAUGCAUUUUUGAUUUUGUGAGUUUUAGUUGUUGACGCUUGAUUGUCAGUAAGCUAAUGUUAAUAUUAGACAUGCUUAACCUCGGUAUUUGUAAACCAACUCUUCUAAUACGUUUGCACUAUUAUUCUCACAAAUUAGACAUGACUUGUGUUAGAAGGUGCUGAUAGUACCAUAUCAAGCCAUUGGACUUGAACUCUGCCACAAAAGACAAUUUAGGGGACUUGAGCACCCAGUUGUGUGUGCCAUGUCAGAGGCACUCGUAUCAGGUCAGACGUCGGAGGAUCUUUUGGCAGACUUUGAGUCUCUUUUGAAUGCUGGGAGUAUUGACCUAUCAGAGAACCACCAGAUAGUCAUAAUUUCCACCCCCAGCAAUGUGGGCUUAAACUCAGCUGUCCCCAGCAACACUGGAGAGAUCCUCCUGUUCGCUACCCCCCAAGGCCCUGCGGAUGUGGUCCAGGACCAGCGACGGCCAACUCUGGGACGACCUCCGGUGAAGAGGAAGCUGGACUUGGACAGUGAUCACCAGUAUGUCAGCACCUCUCGCCCACCUUCUCUUGGGAGGGCCCCAACGUCCACACCAGCACCACCCAGAGUUCCAAAGCCUUCGACAGAGAAGUCUCGCUAUGACACAUCUUUGAACCUGACCACCAAGCGUUUCUUGGACCUGCUAGCACAGUCUCCUGACGGGGUGGUGGACCUAAACUGGGCCUCACAGGUCCUGGAAGUGCAGAAGAGACGCAUCUAUGACAUCACCAAUGUCUUGGAGGGUAUCCAGCUCAUCUCCAAGAAAUCAAAGAACAACAUACAAUGGCUGGGGAACCGCAUUGAUGGAGCGUCUGUUUCCCGUUACCAGGACCUACAGAAAGAGGUCUCUGAUUUGACACAGGCGGAGGAGAAACUGGAUGAGCUCAUUACCAAGUGUAACUUCCAGCUCAGACUCCUCACUGAGGAUACCCAGAACAAGAAGUUGGGUUAUUUGAUGUGCCAGGAUCUACGGAAGUCUUUUGACUCUCCUGACCAGCUGGUGAUGGUCAUCAGAGCCCCUCCAGAGACCCAGAUGCAAGUCUCAGAGCCCAGUGAGGCAUGUGGGAGGAUAAUAGACCAAUGGAUGCUUGCUCAAGACUCUUUUUCUGGACCAAAUACUGUAUUCCAGCUAAUGUGGUUUACAUACCAACCACAAGUAUUGAAUUGUAUCCUCUCUGUUUCAAUAAAGUAUUCCUUUGUUGUCUUCUGGCAGGGCUAUCAGGUCUCCCUGAAGAGCACCCAGGGUCCCAUCGACGUCUUCCUUUGUCCAGAGGACAUUUCUGGUGUCUGCAGCCCAGUGACAGGCAUCAGCCCUUCUAAAGCCACAUACCAGAUAAUGCCCCAGCCUGCAGAACAACCACAGUGCAGCUCCACACAGGAAAUGACAUCGUCAACAGCUGCGUCCCAACAGAACUCCUCUCCACUGCCAUUGUUUCGUGAAGCGGGAGCAGUCCUGGAAUGUGAUCCGUUCCCCAACUUGGGAGUGCUGCCAGAAUUUGACCUUUCACCCUUGUCAUCCUCUGACUUCCUCAGUGGGGAGGGCCUUGGUAACCCACUGGAUGGGUUCAUCAACUUGUCCCCUCCACAAAGCCACGGCUACCACUUUGGCCUAGAUGAGCAUGAGGGCAUCACUGAACUGUUUGACUCUGACUUUGGAGACUUCACCCCACUAGAGUUGGGGUGGAGAGAAACACCCACAGAACAAGAAUGAGGUUGUAUCUCUAUGGAAACACCCAAAACACACCCUUUUCCCCUAUCAGAAAAGUAUUCCCAUGUGGCUAUAAUACAGAAUUGUACAGCACAGACAGUAAUGGCACUUAAGUCGUCUAGCAAAAGAGGUUAGCUUUCGAUGGCUAUUUAAUUUAUUUCUAUACAGAUAAUGUUUUUGUACCAAGAAUGUUUUUUUAAUAUUUUUUUCUUCUAAGUGGCUUGUGAAGAUGUACUUGUGGGAUAUGGACUUAUCAGCUUGGAAGCUAAUACUGAAUUUGUUAUAUUAGGUAGGCAUUUUUGCCAUAGUCUCAGGUGUAAGGAAGAGCUUGACUUUUCCGCUAAGAGUUGGGUUUCAGAUGCAUUUUAAGAAGUCUUACAGUAUGUUGGCCAAUGGUAAUGGCAGGAUAUAGCCUAUGUAGGUUAAGAGACCUUUUUAUAGAUGAAGUUUGGGAUGGGGGUUGGGAUGUCAUGCCUUAAAGCAGUGGUUCUCAUUCCUGGUCCUGGGGACCCAAAGGUGUGCACAUUUUAGUUUUUGCCCCAGCACUACACACCUGAUUCAAAGCCUUUUGAUGAGUUGAUCAUUUGAAUCAGGUGUGUAGUGCUAGGGCAAAAAUAAAAAUGUGUUUCCCUUUGGGUCCCCAGGACCAGGAUUGAGAACCAGUACCUUAAAGGUAAGAUUCACCCAUUUUGAAUGUUAUAUUGUUUUUGUGCAUCUCUGAGCGAUGUUCUAUCGAUUCCCGGGGUCCUUUCAUGUUUUCACGUGUAUCUAAGCUAUUGCCUUUUCAAUUUUGAGAUGCACAAAAACGCUUACAUUCAAAAUGGCCGAACCUUUCCUAAUGACCAAUAAGAAAAUAUUAUCUCUUAAAAUCUGUCCAUAUUGGUCUACAGUUUGAAUAUAUUGUUUUACCAGGCUUUACAUUUGGUUGAUUGUCAGUCAUACAUUAUAUCACAGUUUGUCGUUAUCAUGAACCUUAUCACAGCUCCUUUUCUGCAGGUCUUAUGCAGUGCCUUAUAUAAAAAAGUGUUGGAUGGAUUCAGUUCAGGUGUUAUUCUGUGUCUAUAAUUGAGGUGUUUGAAUGAAAGUGUUAGAUUUGCAUUUCUUAACAGCAAAUUGUGGAUUACUACUAUUUGGGGCUGUCAGGCUACUGUACUUGAGAAUUCAGCCACUGUGUUAAAAGUGCUUAAGGGAAUUUAACUCUGUAAUCAAUUUCACAUUGUUCAGCGCUUUGUUUUAUAACAACAUUACAAAAUGAACUUUUUUUCCCCCACAAAUUCAGUGGUGAAAAUGCUUACUUGUACCAGACCGAGUGGUUUAUCAAGCAUGUAUUUUGUAUCAAAUUAGUUUUUUGAAGAAUAAAAACAUUGCUAUAUGGGGCAGUUGAUGAUAAAAAAUAAAGUGAAAACAAACUGUGAAGAGUUCCAUUAGCGUAAAACAGA